AUUUUUGUAUGACUAUUACAGUGAUAAACCAACUCCCUUAUAUUCAGAUCACCUUUGUUAAUAGAUUCUCUUGCCCUCUAUUUAGCUUUCUCUCUCCUACGUGGCAUCCCUCCUCCACCUCAGCUGCUCCUUCUUUCUUUCUCUCUCUCUAUAAAUUUCAUUUUUCUGGGUUAUUUUUUCUUCGUCACAGUUCAUCAAUUAUCAGAUUCUUUUCCUAUUUUUUCUUUUUCUUGAUUAUUAAUUUUUCUGGGUAGUAUUUUGUUCUUAUCCAAAAUUUUACCUCAUUCUUUCCGUGACUUGAUUGGCUUAAACACAACCAAUUAUACUUCCCACAUUCGGUUGAAUUUUUCAUUCCUUCUUUUUCUUUUAUAUAUACUAUAAUAUUCUGAGGAUAUCAAAUUAUUCAGAACAAAUGUUGGACGGAAUUUUUCGCAGUAAUUUCAGAACAAAAUGCAAAUCAUUGUUGAGUCGCACAAAAACGCGAUUAGAGGUGAUAAAGAAGAGACGCAAUGCAAUGCAGAGGUUUUUGAAGAAAGAUAUAGCUGAGCUUUUGAAAAGCAACCUCGAUCGUAAUGCCUAUGGCAGGAAAACUGGAGUGAGCUUUUUAGCUUUUUUAUGGAGUCGUCUCGAAUGGGCAAAUAUUUUAUCUAUGGCGGAAGGGCUAUAUGUCGAGUUAAACCUGUCCUUGUGUUACGGGUACGUAGAGCAAUGUUGCACCUGCAUCAUCGAAAAUCUCAAGGAAAUGCACAGGCAAAGUGAGUGCCCUGAAGAAUGCAGAGUUGCCGUGGCAUCUUUGAUACACGCUGCAGCUAGAUUUUCUGAUCUGCCUGAAUUGCGUGAGCUAAGAAAUUUAUUCUAUGACAAAUAUGGUAAAGCAUUAGAGCCAUUCACCAGUAAAGAGUUCACGGAGAACUUAUUGUCGAGACCUCCUUCAACACAAAUGAAGCUGCAAUUGAUGCAAGAAAUAGCACAAGAAUUCUCCGUGCCAUGGGAUCCUGUACAAUUGGAGCAGCAACUGCAAAGUCCUAGCCUUCCUACUCAAGCAAAACCUGCAAAAACUGCUUCUGUAAAUGGGGAUAGUGAUAGCCAAACAUUGUUCAGAAACAAGUCUACCACAGAUCUUGUGAAAGGAAAACAGGUUGAUAAUGUCAAACAGAAUAAUGAAGAGCAGACUCUUCCAGUUAAAUCCAGAAGGCGCAAUUCUUGCACAGGACUGAAAGAAAACAUUGCAGAGGAAUCACAGGAAGAAAAUAGCAUGCAAGAAGAAAAAAUUCCAAACAAUGCUUAUAGAAAGCCGUUCACUAAUAGAAUCAUUCCUGCUCCGUACAUCAAAUCCAGUAAUAAUACAGACGAAGAUAAUAAUCAGAAGAAUGAGGUUGAUGACGUGAUUGGCACAACUAAAGCUAGACCAAGAUCAGUGAGAACAAAGUUCUUAAAGCCAUCAACAAGCACUGCGAGCACAACCAGAAAUGCUGAGCAUGAGAUUGAUCCAAGGGGGAGCUUAAGUGCAAGGGUCACAGAAUCAAGGAGAUACGAUCUUGAUCUAGAUGAUGAUGACGCAGAGGAAGAAGCAAAACUUGAUAAGUUUUUGACUCAAUUCGGUAAAAAAAAGGUACCAGAAAGUGCUCCAGCUGCUCUAAGAAAAGAAGAUAGUGGAACACCAAAAUCUGAGCUGCCUCUACCUCCAGGUAGACGAAGAUACUUUUCUUCCGAGCCUGAUCAGCCUGCAUCUCCAAAAAUUAAGGAAGCAAACGACAGUCAAAGGAAACCGGACAAGAGUACAUCUCUUCAACCAGAUCAGCAGCAGUCUGAAUCGCUUAAAACUUCAAUUAGACACGUAAGAUCUUCUUCAUACGUCAAUGAUGGGCAUGUGCAUCCGAGGAUGCCAGAAUUCGACGAUUUAGCAGAAAGGAUAGCUGUCCUGAAAAAUGUACAAGGUGAUUUUGAAUUGUAAAAAAAAGAUGCUGGUCCUUUCACCUAUAAAAACUUCUAGUUUUUUAAAAUCUUGUUUUACACAGUUGUAGGAAGAAUUAUACUAGUAUUUGGUUCUCUGUAAAUUUUUUUUUUUCUGGGUUCUGAACUGUGUAAAUUUGCUUAAUUCAGUUCAAUAAAAUCCAUGCAGAUGGGCAUUAUAUGAAAGUAUUAAUACUAA